UUCACUUAUAAAAAUACAUUUUUUUCAUGUUAUAAAAACUAAAAAGUUCUCAUCAAAACUAAGGAAUUAUUUACUUAAAUCUCCUGUCUUCAGGAAAAGUUACUUAGAAGUUAGUUUUGUCUCAUUUCGAGCGUACUCAGAUAUUUUCACUAGACAGUAACACAAAGAUUUGAUCUUAUAAUCAGUGAAAAUGAUAAAAAUAAACAGCAGGAACCUCAGAAAGAUGCUUUAAAGACUCUGUCACAGAAAAACCUCCCAGUUUGUUAAUGGACCCGGCCGGCCGGGUCGGUAUGAAUGAAGUUUAUUUCUCAGUUGGUCUGUGAAGCUGAUGCUCAGGACGUUUCUGCGCUGUGAUGCGUUUAGAGUUAUGAGAUCUCGCCGAGCCUGCGGUGAACAGAUGAAACGUUUCUCUGAAAUGUUGAGGACGGAUCGGAGAACGCAGCGGCUCAGAUGGAGGCGUGGUGGGAAAAUGCUUCUGUUAUCUGAAGCAUGAAAACAACCUUUAACAACUUCAACAAGAGUUAAGAGUUUUCCUUCCUCUUCUGCAUUUAUGCACAAUCUGUGUCAUUUUUGUAAUGAAAUAAACUUUUAUUGUAGUUCCAAUUAAGGUGUUUUCAUGUGGGAAUUAAAGUUGAUCUUCCUGUCAGAUUAUUUCCUCCAGAAUAAAAGCAGAGAGAAAAUAUCUGGAGAAAAUAUCCGCAAUGACGUCAGAGAAGAAACAAUCAACCUGUGAAGAGUUAUGAGGCCAUUUUCAAACUGAAGUGCAACUAAUUUCCAAAGAUGAACAGAUUCACUAUUUUGAAAAUAUUCAUUAUUUGGGAUGAAUAAAGUAUUUUUAAAUUUGAAUUUUGAACAGAUUCAUGUGUUUGAUCCAGUUCUAGAUUCUGAACGGAUUCUAAGAUUCAUAUUUGAACAAAUUCCAAGAUGCUAAUCUGAUUCUUUAUUUUGAACAAUUCCCAAUUCUGAACAGAUUAAUUUAAUUGAUCAAUUUUGAACAGAUUUCUUAUUUUCAACAUAUAAAAUGUAUAUACAAAAUUAUUGUGGAGUAACAAUACUCCUAAAAGUAAUUUUUUUCCAGAGUUACUCAUCUAAAUAAUUACUGUAGAAAUGAGACUUCAUCGCCAUCUAGUGGCAGCUUUAAAGAAUUACAGCCAGUCGGUUUUAUGUCCCUCCCUUUUAUAGGUCAUUCAUGAAGCAGACAGAAAAAGAGGAAGCACAUGCGAGGAAGAACCGAGUCUGGACUCCCGUUUUAGGUCUCAGCUGGUGCCUAAACAACAAUGGCGACAGCUAAAGAGGAUCUGUGGAAGACCCUGGAGCACCUGACAGGCGACCAGUUCAAACAGUUCAAGUGGCUGCUUCAGGCUGAUGGGAAUGACCCCCGGUCCAUCCCGGUGUCCCGGCUGGAGAAGGCGGACCGGACAGACACGGUGGACCUGAUGGUCCAAAGGUACGGCGAGGCCGAGGCGGUGAGGAGAUCGUUGCAGGUUUUAGAGAAGAUCAGCAGAAAUGAUCUGGCACAACGUCUGUCAAACACAAGAUCGGCGCAAAGAGGGGAGUUCGAAAAUGGCCUGACUGCUGUUCCUUCCCAAUGUGAAAGUGAAAGACAGAAGUCCAGACUGAGGGAAAUGAAGUCGGAAGCGAGGCUGAAAAUAAAAGAGAGAAAGAUGAAGAUCUGUGAGAUCCAGCGUUCAGCAGAGCUGAGCAGGAAGUCUGCCGAGCGACAGACCGCAGAGAGUCUGCAGACUUUCAGAGUUUUAAUCCAGUCGGUCCAGGAAAGUCUGUCCCAUCUCACCAAAGCCGUCGAGGAGAAGCAGAAGACUUUCCAAAAGCAAGCGGAGCAGCUCAUCAGAAAGCUGGAGAAGGAAAUCUCAGAGCUGACGAAGAGCGAGGCGGAGCUGGAUCGUCUUCUCCUUACGGAUACCAACCUGCAGUUCCUCCAGGACGUGGAAACCUCCGACCUCACAGAGUUCUCCGUUCAUCAGCCGUCCUAUGGCGAAACCGUCAUGGCCUCCGUGGACAAGCUGAAGGAAUUGCUUGACGGAGAAAUGAAGAGGUUCCUCAGCAAGGCCAAGCUGAUCCGAAUGCAGCAGUUUGCUGUCGAUGUGACUCUGGAUCCGGACACGGCGCAUCCCAACCUGGUUUUAUCUCCAGACGGGAAGCGGGUCCACUGUGGCGGCGUGAAGCAGAAUCUCCCCGAUAACCCGGAACGGUUCGACACUGCGGCCAACGUUUUGGGCAGGCAGAGUUUCUCCUCUGGGAGAGUUUAUUUCGAGGCUGAGGUGAGAGAAAAAACGGCCUGGGACGUCGGCGUCGUCUACGGAUCGAUUGGCAGGAAGGGGUCGAUCUCGUCGAGCCCCGGCGGCGGCUACUGGGCCGUCGGAUUACGAAGCGGAGAUACGAUCAAGGCGGCCGGUUUGAACCUGGAUGUAAAAACUCCAUUGAACAAAGUCGGUGUUUUUGUGGAUUACAAGGUGGGCUCCAUCAUUUUCCACAACGUUGAUUCUGCAGAAGAGAUCCACCGAUACUCAGACUGCUCCUUCACGGAGAAACUUUAUCCGUUCUUCAGUCCCGGCGUUUAUCACGGCGGCUUGAACGCCAAACCUCUGAUCAUCUCCCAAAGUCACCGCCAUCCAAGAAGCAGGACUGAAACUGUUACACCGUUAGCGGACAGAAACAUUCAGCUGUAUUUAAACAGCUGGGUUGGACUGAGAUGGAAGUUCCCCAAAAGUGAGAGCAUGGAAAAACUUUCUGUGGAGCUCCUAAAUACUCUCAAGAACUUGAAGCAGGAUGACUUUGAACAAUUUAAAUGGUUUUUGAAGCAGGAUGACAUCUUGAAUGGUCAAAAAGGCAUCCCAGAAGAUGACCUGGAGGGGGCAGAAAGAUGGGAGACGGUUGAUCUGAUGCUACGCCAAUACAAAGGCCCUGGGGCUAAGCAGGCAGCAAUCAAUAUUUUACAGGCGAUUGGACAGAACAACCUGGUGGAACAGUUAAAAAGAUUCUGCGAAGAACAAGAUCUCAACCCUCGGCAUCUACGUUUUGUGACAGAAGGCAUUGGAGAAAAGGAAGCCGAGUUGGAAAAACUCCGUGAGUUUGCAGUGGACGUAACCUUGGAUCCGGAUACGGCGCAUCGCGAUCUUGUCCUCUCCAGUGAUGGGAAACAAGUUUACGACACUAAUGUGACCAAAGAUCUCCCAAUGACCUCCCAGAGGUUUGACACAUGUGCCAGUGUAGUAGGAAAGGAGACAUUUUCCUCAGGAAAGUUCUACAUUGAGGUUCAGGUUGAAGGGAAAACUGAUUGGUCUGUUGGGAUAGCCCACGAGUCCAUCAACCGAAAAGGGAAAAUCUGCCUCAGCCCCAAUAAUGGCUUCUGGACUAUAUGGUUAAAAGACAAGGUUUAUGAAGCUUUGGCAAAGCCUUCAGUUGUACUCCCUCUGAAGUCCCGUCUUCAGAAGGUGGGAAUCUUUGUGGAUUAUGACAAGGGUCUCGUCUCCUUCUAUAAUGUAAAUACAGCAGAUCUGAUCUAUUCAUACAAAAAAUGCUCCUUCAAAAAAAAUCUCCUGCUGUAUAUUAAUACAAGUAGUAACUGCAAUGGCAGAAACUCUGCUCCGAUGAUUAUCACUCCUGUAGUUGACAAGAUAAACAAAGCAACACUGAGGAGUAUCAAGGAGUUUGCAUUUGAGGUGACUCUGGAUCCAGAUACGGCACAUCCAGAACUAGUUUUAUCUGACAAUGGGAAACGGGUCCAUCAUGUAGAUGUGAGGAAAGACGUUCCAGACAAUCCAAAGAGAUUCAGUGACCAUGUCAGUGUUUUAGGAAAAAGUUUCUUCCAUCAAAGAUUCUACUUUGAGGUCCUGGUUAAAGGGAAGACCGACUGGACUAUAGGAGUCGCCACCGAGUCGAUUGAAAGGAAGGGAGAACUCACACUGCAACCAGAAAGUGGUUUCUGGACAAUUUGUCUAAGGAAUGGGGAAGAAUAUGAGGCAUUUGAUAAACCAAUAGUCCGUUUAACUAGAAGAUUAAAUCCAGAGAGGGUGGGAGUAUUUGUUGAUUAUGAUGGAGGUCUGGUCUCCUUUUAUAACGUAGAUACUGCUGAUCUUCUCUACUCCUUUACUGGUUGCUGCUUCGCGGAGAGACUUUUGCCUUUCUUUAGUCCCUGCACUAAUAUUGGAGGUACAAAUUCUGCUCCUCUGAUUAUUUCUCCUGUCAGUCUCUUUGAUUAGAUCAAUCAUAUCGUCAUUUGAAAGACCUAGAGACAGCGACGAGUGACGGUGCAUCCUGAGAGAGUCACCAGUCCAUCUCAGAGACACACAGGACAAUCAACCAAACAGUCUCAGACCUGAUGUAGACUGAGGGUACAUUCACACCAACCCUGGUUAGCCCACUUUGAAAUAGAAAGUCUAGUUCAGUGAGAACGCACUAUCAAAAUCUGACGUGGACCAAAAAAGCAAACUCUGGAUGGCCUACAAACCUAGAUCUUGGAUUGGUUGAAGUAGAAUCUGGCAUGGUUCAAAUUAAUAUGUGAACGCCAAGCGGGCCAGAGACCGUUCCAAAGACAGAAAGCAAACUAUAGCAUUCUGGGUAAAUACAACCACAACAAACACAUGUCUACUUCCAGAAGGAGAAAUGGCUCCUGGUCUUUUACCAAAGGACGGAGAAAUACUACAACCACUAAAAUCUGUUGCCACUCCAUUUUUGUUUACAUUUUGUGAAGAAGGAAGUUGCGCUUGGCGUCUCCCCAGAGAGAACCUAACUAAGUACAGGGAGAACAUGUGAACUUCCUGCAGAAAGACCCCAGCUCAAGGUUCAAACACUUAUAUGUCCAAUCCAGAUUUCAAGCAUGUAAUUCAGUUAACUUUGAUGAUUCUGGCUUAUAGCUAAUGAAGCAAAUUCAGUUUGUCAGAAAAGUACAUUACAUCCAACAGGUGAAAAAGGAUUUUAAUGCAAAAAUGUGGAUGAGUUGAAACUAUGUCCAUGCCCCUUACAGUACAGCAUUUGCUCUGAAGUCCAGGUUGCUUUGAUAUCGGUCAGACAGUCAAGAACAGCACCACAUGGUGAUUAGACCAACUUUUGGUACCUUUGGCUGUGUGGGUUGGUGUGGGUACCAAGUCCUGUUGGAGAAUGAACUCAACAUCUCUAAAAAUAACAUCAGUAGAAGAAAGAAUGAAGUGAUCCAAAAUGUCCUGGUAGAUGACUGUCCAACACCAUCAAUGAGGCUCUUAAAAUCUUCACUAACUGCGGAAACGUCCCACUGGAACUCAAACGACCAGAUUCCAACAGGUUCUGGGACCUUAAUUUCAAAAAUGAAAUUCAAGGUUUUGUCUUAAAUUUGGACUUUCAACCACUGGGAAAGAGUCCAGUCCUUUUUCUCUCUGGCCCAGGCAGGACCUCUGUCCUCGGUGAAGCGGGUCAACUCAAGGAAUGCGACUGUUGUAGCCUGGAUAUGUCUUGUGAAUCUUUACUUCCCAAUACAGGCUGCAGUAAUCCCUGCUGUUUGUGCACCUUUUUUCUUCCACUCAACUUCCCAUGAAUAUGCUCAAGUUCUUUUUUCUGGUUUACUAGUUUGUUUCUAUCCAAUAAAACUUUGGGUUUCAUCUGAAGUUACAGAAAAGAAAAUGUAAAAUAUAUGUGUAAUGACUCUAUAAGUUGCCAUUUUUGAGCAGAAUUACUGAAAUAAAUAAUUUUUCAAUGCU